CAAAGACUCAACUGAGUGCUUGCUUUAGGAAGCAGAUUCCAGUCGCCACGGUGCCUAAACAAUGGAAGCCAACUCCAAAAAGCACGGCUUUAGAAAGGGUCGGAGUGCCACUUUCAGCAUUGAUGGCUUCAACAUCACCAUAGUGGCCAAUGAGGAUGGAGAAAGCUCAACUCGACCGCAUGCCGGUUUUGCACGCUCCAAAUCUCAGAGCGCCCUUUGGAACGCCAUCACAGCGGGGAUGGGGAUCAAAGGCAAAGAGCAGAAGCCCCCUCAGAUUGACCCUCGAAGUCCCGAGGAGAUUCUGGCUGAUGAGCUUCCUGCCACAGACGAACCAGAUGUGUCUGAGAAAACCGCCAUCAGGCGCAAGUACAAGAAGACAUCCCAGAGAUUAAGAUGUCUGGUCAAGCAGCUGGAGAGAGGAGAGGCUUCCUUGGCCGACCUCAAGAAGAACUUGGAGUACGCCGCUUCUGUGUUGGAGUCGGUCUACAUCGAGGAAACCAGGCGCUUGGUGGACACGGAGGAUGAGCUCAGCGACAUCCAGUCCGAGUCGGUGCCCUCCGAGGUGCGCGACUGGCUGGCCUCCACCUUCACUCGGCAGAUGGGCCUGAUGCUGCGACGCAAUGAGGAGAAACCUCGCUUCCGCAGCAUCGUCCAUGCCGUCCAGGCUGGGAUCUUUGUGGAAAGGAUGUACCGCCGCACCUCCAAUUUGGUGGGACUCAGCUACCCCCCCUCCGUUAUAUCUGUGCUGAAGAAUGUUGACAAGUGGUCAUUUGACGUGUUCGCUCUCAACGAAGCCAGCGGCGACCACGCGCUUAAGUUCAUUUUCUACGAGUUGCUCACCAGAUACGACCUCAUCAGUCGCUUCAAGAUCCCAAUUUCUGCAGUGGUGUCUUUUGUGGAGGCUCUGGAAGUAGGAUACAGCAAGCAUAAAAACCCCUACCACAACUUGAUGCAUGCUGCUGAUGUCACACAGACCGUGCACUACUUGCUACUGAAGACUGGCAUGGUGCACUGGUUAACCGAGCUGGAGAUCUUCGCCAUGAUCUUCGCAGCCGCCGUGCACGACUACGAGCACACGGGGACAACAAACAACUUCCACAUUCAGACCAGGUCGGACACGGCCAUCCUGUAUAACGACCGCUCAGUGUUGGAGAGCCACCACGUGAGCGCUGCCUACCGCCUGCUGCAGGACGACGACGAGAUGAACAUCCUCUACAACCUCUCCAAGGACGACUGGAGAGAGCUGAGAGCUUUGGUGGUGGAAAUGGUUCUGGCCACAGACAUGUCCUGUCACUUCCAGCAGGUGAAGGCCAUGAAAAACUUCCUGCAACAGCCUGAGGGCAUUGACAAGCCCAAAGCUCUUUCCUUACUGCUGCACACUGCUGACAUCAGCCACCCGGCCAAGAGCUGGGACCUCCACCACCGCUGGACCACUUCUCUGCUGGAGGAGUUCUUUCGACAGGGGGACAAAGAAGCAGAGCUCGGCCUUCCUUUCUCGCCGCUCUGCGACAGGAAGUCAACAAUGGUGGCGCAGUCGCAGAUUGGCUUCGUGGACUUCAUCGUGGUGCCCACCUUCACCGUGCUGACGGACAUGAUGGAACGCAUCGUCACGCCUCUCAUGGACGAGGCCUCGCACUCGGGUUUAGCAGGCUUCCGGCGCUCCAGUCUGAACAGUAUUAGCACGGAGGAUGGCAAGAGGCACAGCGUGAAGAGCCUGGGAUCAGACAGCUGCUCGUCAGGUCAGGGCUCUCUGCUGUCCAUGGACAUGAAGAACUUCAAGGCGCUGUGGAACGAAGAAGUCUAUCAGAACAGAGAGCGGUGGAAAGCGCAGGCUGCCAAAGAGGCGGAGGAGCGAGCCAAAAAAGAAGCGGAGGAGCGAGCCCAUCAGGAGGAGUCUAUGGACCCCCAAGAGGACCACUCAGAGUCCACACAGAGACCUGAGCCCACAGACGGCAAGCAGGAGCAGGAUGUGGAGUCCAAGCAGGACGUAAGCGCAUCGCCUGCCACUGAAGGCACACCACCACCACCACCACCUCCACCACCACCACCACCGGGUGGCGCUGCCGCACACAAGAGUCCCUCACUGCAGAACGGAGAGUCGCCUGACAGCACCGACUCUGCAGGAAGUAAAGAGAGCAGAAGUAAACCAGUUGAUGCUCCUGUUGCUAUGGACUAAAGGAAGACGGGAGUGGCAACCACAGACUCCAACCACCAGAUGAGGGAAAGCCAUCCGCUGGACUUUGUCGCCCCCUGCAGGAAGCCGACCAACUGACACCCUUCUGUUCGUGCGUGUGGUAUUCAAUCUGUUCUGCAGGCUUGUUAGACAUCCCCAAGUGAGUUUAAAAAGUGAUUACAUGUCAGCUGAACAUGGACAUGUCAACAUGUUUGCUACCAGCCAUGCUUUCAAAAGAAGCAAGAAGGGAGAACUUGAUCAUGCAUUUUGUCCUUUUCCACGCCUUCCUUUCACCGCUGGACUUCAUCUUUUUAACAUAUCACACACUAAUGCAUUCACACACCUUUGUGUUGACCUUAUUUGUGUGUGUGUGUGUGUGU